AUGAACAGCAUGAAGCAGAACCUCUUAGACUCAGAUGCAAUGCAAUACAACGUCUAUACUGAUAACGUUUGCACACCACCAAGAAUGAAUCAUAAUAUGGAUGGUUCUGAUUCAGAUUAUUAUUACAGCCCAGGAACAAUGGAAGAUAACUAUGAAGAUGAAAUUCCAGAUGAAGCUACAAUUGCCUCCAAGGAAGUUGAGCUUGAACAAUUACGCCAAUAUAAUAAGGAUAUGAAGCUUCGCUUCAUUUGGGAUCUUUCUCUUGCAAUGAAGAGAAAGUUAUGCAGUCAACAUGAUGUUGAUACAGCUAUAUUCCAAAACAUCUCCAAUAUUCAAAUCAUGGAUAUCAUUGACACAUUCGAGCUCGAACAACCACCAAUUAGUGCUUGGACUGCUUGGAUCUUAGAGAAGCUUACCUGCAGAGUUUAA